CAUUAUGCCAUUAUGGACAUUAUGGUACUUACCUAUAUUAUUAAUUAUCAUUAAUAAUUAAAACAUUUUUAAAUAGUAAAUACCAAUUUUUAAUUAUUUGUAUUUAUUGACUGUAUUUCUAUUUUUCCAUACAUUUUUAUUUAUUUCCUAUUUAUUGUUUAAAAUGAGUAAAAUCUGCUGUGUUGUUAACUGUAGUAAUACUUAUAAAAACACUACAAAUGUUAAGUUUUAUAAUUUUCCAAACAAGCCUUACCAGAGUGAAUUAAAGAAGCAAUGGAUUUAUGCAGUUAAACGUUUAGACAAUAAUGGUCAAUUGUGGUAUCCUAGGCCUCAUUCUGUUAUCUGCAGUGAACAUUUUGUUGGUAAUAAACGCUCAAAUGACUCAAAUAGCCCUUCAUACAUACCAUCAUUGUUUCCUGAAGUGUACAAAAAGAAACAAGUUAAUAUUAAACAGCUGAGUGAUAGGUAUAUACGAACAUCAAACCGUCAAGACAAAAAGUUAAAAAUGAUGAUAAAUGAUGUCAAGUCUUCAGAAGUAGAAAUCAUAGAACCACUUCAGUGUGAAAGCUCGAAUUGUGUCUCUAAUGUGGGAAUUCAAGUUAUGUUUGAUUUUAAAAAUUGCUAUACUUUACCAAGAGCAUUUAAGCAAAAUUAUCCUAACUGCCGCUGUAUUAUUGAUUGCACAGAGAUAAAAACUGAGCAACCAAGUACAGUUGAGCAAAGAGUUAACAUGUAUUCAAGAUAUAAAAGUGCUUACACAGUAAAAACUCUAGUAGCAAUUACUCCUAGUGGUUUAAUUUCAUUUUUAUCAAAAUGUUAUGGGGGUAGAGCAAGUGACACAUUUAUCACCAAUGACUGUGGUUUUUUAUCAAAACUUGAAAAAGGUGAUGAAGUUUUGGCAGAUAAAGGUUUUCCAGGUAUUAAGGUCUCUUGUGAAAAUAAAAACAGUAUUUUAAUAAUGCCUCCUUUUCUUCAUAAUGGGAGAUUUAGUGAAAAUGAAGUAGUUGAAACAUACAAUAUUGCUAGUGUAAAAUAG